UUGUGAGGGCUAAGAGUAUGGGAAAGAGACCGCAGAGGAAGACAUCUUAUUAUUUUCUUCAAAAGCCCAUAUCUGCUAAUAACAGUAGUAAGUCUUAAUCCUAGUGAUCUUGAAUAGCCAUGGUUAAGAGGUACAAUGAAUUUCAGGACAAGAUAGACGAAAAGAAGGAAAUAGCCAAGUCAAAGACUUAUUAUAAAAAAAAAGAAGAAGAUGAUAGAAGGAAAUAUACCUCAGAUUAUCUCAACUUCCUAGACAAGCACAAGGGUAGUGAAAACUCAAGACUUUUUAAGAAAGUCUUAAAUAUACAAAAGGAGUCUGAGGAUGACUUCUCUGAGUUCAAAUUAAAUGAAUUCAACACUGAAGUGAAACAUGAACAGUCGCCCCUCUUGCAGACAGAGAAGAAGAAAGUGUCUACUCCUUUAAAAAUAUCUCCAAGAAAGCCGAUUCUUAUCUCUGAGGAGAAGAGUAAUAAACCAUUUGUGGUUUUCCAAGCAAAACCUUUAGAUAUAAAGUUCAUUGAGAACAUAGGGAUAGAGACCCCAAUCCGGAAGUACAUCAGCACUCAAAGCUGUAAACAAGGGAGAAAGAGGAACAUCAAAUACAGUGUAUCUCCUCAGAAGAUAAACUUCCUACGGAUUCUGCCUAAAUAAAGACUGGGUAGAGAAAAACAAUGAAGAAAGAGAGAUCGAUAACCAAGAAAAUUUAAAGUUUAAAUAAAGCUGUAGAGAAGAAAGUCAAAGACUUGCAUAAGGAAGCAGCCAGGAUGUUUCCUUAUUCCCACCAUGGUGAGAGGAUCACCAAGGGUAAAAUACAAAGCAUGGUAAACAGGCUUGAUUUGGUCAAGGAUCUAGCAUUCUUAAAGGGAGCUAACUCUCUUGAAGUUAUGGAGAAGGGCCUUAAUGAACAAGAGAAGAGGAAUAUUACAAAUUCUAUCAUGAGGAAAAUUAAAUAUCAGCAACUUAAGAAAAUGAGAAUGAGUGAGUUUAAAAGACAGGUAAAAAUAGCUCAAAGGAAGGAAAGAAAUAAAAGAAGUGUGCCUAAAUGGACAAAAGCUGAUAGAGUCAAGCAAAUAAAACAGCAUAAAUAAAUCUUUUAUCGACUAUAUUGGAGGGAUCUGCACCAAGAAGGAAGAAACUGUAGUUAAAAAUGCAGAAAUUAAUAUAUCAAAGCAGAGCUAUUUCUUAACAAAGCAAGAGGCUAGAGUUAAGUUAUGGGAUGAUUUAUAGGUGGCGAAGAAUGAUGAGGAUGAGAUUCCACCUACACAUUUUUGACAGAGCUAUACUCAAGGAAUGAAUAUCAGCCUUAGAAAAAUUGGACUUAAUGAUGAAGAAUCCAUCCAAGAUAGUGCUGAUAUACUGAAAGUUAAAGUAGCAUCAAGGCUAAAUUCAUUACGAAGGAAGAAACAGCAUUAUCCUAAGAUAGAUGUGGCAAAGAUAAUAUCUGGGAUUAUCUAAUUAUUUCAAUUUUGU